AUGACAUCACCGUUACCGACACAAGGGGAGAGUACCGUAGCUCAGGGUUUGCCCACAAGUAACCCCAUCGCCCACCUCACCAGCUCCCUGUCUGCCCCCCCACCUUGUGGUCUGUUUGCCAUGGCAGAUCCUGGCUGGAUGGCAGUGCAGACUGAAUUCUUCUGCCGGUGCUGUCUGAGACUGCAGCCACAGGGAGAGAGAGAGGGGGAGACUGCAGCCACAGGGAGAGAGAGAGGGGGAGAGAGAGAGGGGGAGAGAGAAAGGAUGCUAGAACAGAGGGUCGUCUGUCAACAUUCCCUGGCCUGUGCUGGCUACUCUCUGGGCUUCUCCUCCAACAGACGGUUGUUUCUGAGGCAGCGUAUGGUGAAACUGAAGUAUAGUGUCAGAGUGCCAGACCAGACUCUUGUUUUUUCGCUCUCUCUCUCCCUUCCCUUCCCGCUCUCUCUCCCUUCCCUUCCCUCUCUCUCUCUCUCCCUUCCCUUCCCUCUCUCUCUCUCCCUUCCCUUCCCUCUCUCUUCCCUCUCUCUCUCUCUCUCUCUCUCUCUCUGUCCCUCUCUCUCACUCGUUCUCUCUCCCACACACCCUGCGGAUCUUUUGAUCCUCUCACUUGUGGAGUUCAUCAGGCAGAUAAGCCAAUCAAAGCGGCCCAAACCAGCUAGUCUGUGUGGCCGCGGGGCUUUGGCUUGGAUUAAUCACUGCUCUCAGAUCAGCCAGUGAGAUCAGCCCCCACCCCACCCUGGGGCUCCCACACUCCCAUAAUGCACCUGGCAUCCUGCUCUCCCAGAAUGUAUCAGGACUCCCCCUGCUCCAAUAAUGGCACAGCAGGCCACCAAACCCCCAUAGAAUCAGGGCCAGGGGAGAGUGAGACUUGCACAAACUUGCACAUCCUUCCCACAUCAAAGAGAGGUGUCAAAACAAAUCCAUGAAAAUCACAUGAUGGUUAAUGGGAUGAUAUGAUUUAAAAUUACAGUUCUAUUGUCUUUAUUUCCAACAUCAAAACAAAGUAGAAUCCCCAAAGAUCACUGUGUAAAUGGGAGAAUGGGCAGUACUGUAAACACUUUUAUUAUCAGCACCCUCAACAUCAAAAGGGGUGUCAAAAACCGACCGUAGGAAAAUCAAAUGGCUAAAUGGAAUGAAGGGAUCUGUUGAAUGUACCCAGCAUCAAAGAUCCCGUGUGGCUCAGUUGGUAGAGCAUGGCGCUUGCAACGCCAGAGUUGUAGGUUUGAUUCCCAUGGGGGACCAGUACGAAAAUGUGCGCACUCACUUCUAUAAGUUGUUCUGGAUAAGAGCGUCUGCUAAAUGACUCAAAUGUAAAUGUAAAGGGAAGGGGAAAAUCCAGUGCUUUAUAAAUGAACCUAUUGUCCACCCUACCCCAUCCCCACCUCUCGCCUCACACCUCCUCUGGUUUUCACAGAGCUGGACUAUUCUGGCCGUGGGAGGAUGGGGAACUGAACUGGGAGGAGGAGGGAGAAGAGAGGGGAACCAGAGCUGGACUGUUGUGGUCAGCAUCUGAGAGACAGAGAGAGAGCCUCCUGUUUGAGACAAUUCUGCCUAGUUUUUCCCAGCAAGGGUCAGCAGCUGUUGACCCCUCCUCCCUAUCCCUCCUCACCCCCUCCCUCCCUCCCUCUCUCCCUGCUCAGUAGAGCCUCAGUUCUCCCCCUGUCAGUCAGUCAGUCCCCCAAGCCCUCCUCUCUGCUGCUGCUCCCCAGGGGCUUCCUGUAGGGUCAGGAGGGAGGGGGGUCCGGAGGGGGGAGGGGCAGGACCUGGUCUGAGGCUCAUCCUUAACUCUACUCUUUACACCACUGUUUAUUCAGGUGGGCUCUGGGCUGCAGUGGGAGACCCCCCCCCUCCCCCCUCCCCUGAUGGCCCAGAGUAAAGGCCCUACAGAGAGUCUUAUUUGACCAUCUGUGUGUGAGGAGGAGGAGGAGGAGGAGGGGGGGGGGGGGGGGGUGACCUUGUUUUGCUGCAGUUUGACUGGCGGAACACCUGUCUGGAGACACCAGAGGAAAAAUAGGAUUUUACCAAACACUGUUUCAGGCUGGGUCUGGGAGUCGACUCUAAAUUAGGUUCCUAGUGUUGACUUUGUUUUACUCAUGGACUUGAUUUUAAAUCAAAUGUAAUGUUAAUUUCAAUUAGUGAAGAGACUGGGGGAGGGGGUAGAAUGUCCAUAGGGGGAGCAGCAGGGGAGAAAAUUGAGACGUGAAUGAAACAAUAAUAAAAUACAUAUUUAUAACUGUAACAAUGAUAAAUGUCCAUUGGGGGGGUGGAGGCAGGGUAAAUGUUUUGUAACGCUAGCCGGAGUGUCAGGGAAGUGCUUCCAAGGCUGCGGUAUGUGUUUCAUCCCUGCUCGGAUAACACUGGCCUUCACUGACUCCGCCUCACUCCACACACACACACAUGGACGGACGCACAGACAGACAGACGUACACACAGUACACACGCUGGCAGGCGGAGGAGUUGACCAUUUGGAAGUCCUGUCAGUGUGGAUUUGUCUGUGUUUAUAUCUGUCUGUGCACGUGUUUGUGUGUAUGUCUAGGCCUAUAUAUGUCUGUGUGGGAGUUUUGUCGAUAUAUGUGUUUGUAUUUGUGUACUGUCUGUGUGUGUGUGUAGGGGCGUGUGUGUGUUAUUUGCCCCUGUGCUGGGUAUAGGUAAACAGGGAAGUGACUGAGAUUCCUGUGCAGCUUUGUCCGUCCGUCUGUCUGUCAGGCUGCAGCUCUGAGGUGGAUCUCUCCCAUCUCUCCCAGCCAACACCAAAAUAAAUCACAGAUGUGGAGCGAGACUCUGACCCACCAUUAUUGCAGAGCAGAGAGCAGGACAAAAUAAACAUUAGCUUUGUAAAAACUUGCCAUCUUUCUGAGGCCUCUUACUCCAUGGUUAACUGGACUGUCAGGGGGGACAGAGUUAGCCAAUGCUUACAAUGUAAGUCCUUUCAUCUAGCCAAGUCUCUUGGAAGUAGUCGGUUACAAUUAUCACCAAUAGAGCCCCACAGUGGAGGUGUCCUAAUACCCAUAAAACCUAGCGGUCAGUCAAACAGGGAAAUGGUUCCAAUAGUUUUUCCACCAUUCAUUUUUCCCAUAGGGGAUUUCAGAAACACUUAAAAUAAGGACUGUGUUUCGUGUAGGCUUACCCUAGCGUGACGUUUUGAUAACCAUCUAAAUCUUUCUCGGACAAGGUGAUUAUAUUCGGCUCUAUUUACUCUCAGAUUGAAAAAUGCUAAUUAGCAUCACAUUUAUUAAAAAUAAAAACAGAAAUACCUUAUUUACAUAAGUAUUCAGACCCUUUGCUAUGAGACUCGAAAUUGAGCUCGGGUGCAUCCAGUUUCCAUUGAUCAUCCUUGAGAUGUUUCUACAACUUGAUUGGAGUCCACCUAUGGUAAUUUCAAUUGAUUGGACAUGAUUUGAAAAGGAACACACCUGUCUAUAUAAGGUCCCACAGUUGACCUGUAGCUCAGUUGGUAGAGCAUGGCGCUUGCAACGCCAGGGUUGUGGGUUCGUUUCCCACGGGGGGGCCAGUAUGAAAAAUGUAUGCACUCACUAACUGUAAGUCGCUCUGGAUAAGAGCGUCUGCUAAAUGACUAAAAUGUAAAAAUGUAAAUGUUGACAGUGCAUGUCAGAGCAAAAACCAAGCCAUGAGGUUGAAGGAAUUGCCCGUAGAGCUCCGAGACAGGAUUGUGUCGAGACACAGAUCUGGGGAAGGGUACCAAAAGAUUUCUGCAGCACUGAAGGAGCCCAAGAACACAGUGGCCUCCAUCAUUCUUAAAAGGAAGAAGUUUGGAACCACCAAGACUCUUCCUAGAGUUGGCCACCCGGCCAAACUGAGCAAUAGGGAGAGAAGGGCCUUGGUCAGGGAGGUGACCAAGAACCCGAUGGUCACUCUGACAGAGCUCCACAGUUCCUCUGUGGAGAUGGGAAAACCUUCCAGAAGGACAACCAUCUCUGCAGCACUCCACCAAUCAGGCCUUUAUGGUAGAGUGGCCAGACGGAAGCCACUCCUCAGUAAAAGGCACAUGACAGCCCGCUUGGAGUUUGCCAAAAGGCAUCUAAAGGACUCUCAGACCAUGAGAAACAAGAUUAUCUGGUCUGAUGAAACUAAGAUUGAACUCUUUGGCCUGAAUGCCAAGCGUCACAUCUGGAGGAUACCUGGCACCAUCCCUACGGUGAAGAAUGGUGGUGGCAGCAUCAUGGUGUGGGGAUGUUUUUCAGAGGCAGGGACUGGGAGACUAGUCAGGAUCGAGGGAAAGAUGAACGGAGCAAAGUACAGAGAGAUCCUUGAUGAAAACCUGCUCCAGAGCACUCAGGACCUCAGACUGGGGCGAAGUUUCACCUUCCAACAGGACAACGACCCUAAGCACACAGCCAAGACAACGCAGAAGUGGCUUCGGGACAAGUCUCUGAAUGUCCUUGAGUGGCCCAGCCAGAAUCCGGACUUGAUCCCGAUCUAACAUCUCUGGAGAGACCUGAAAAUAGUUGUGCAUCCUGACACAGCUUGAGAGGAUCUGCAGAGAAAAAUGAGAGAAACUCCCCAAAUACAGGUGUGCCAAACUUGUAGCAUCAUACCCAGGAAGACUUGAGGCUGUAAUCGCUGCCAAAGGUGCUUCAACAAAGUACUGAGUAAAGGUCUGUACAACCGCUGCGUCUUUGUGACGCGGUGUGGGUGAACGGAUGAUCUCCGCAUGUGUAGUUCCCAUGUAAAGCAUGGAGGAGGAGGUGUUAUGGUGUGGGGGUGCUUUGCUGGUGACACGGUCUGUGAUUUAUUUAGAAUUCAAGGCACACUUAACCAGCAUGGCUACCACAGCAUUCUGCAGUGAUAUGCCAUCCCAUCUGGUUUAGGCUUAGUGGGACUAUCUUUUGUUUUUCAAACAGGACAAUGACCCAACACACCUCCAGGCUGUGUAAGGGCUAUUUUACCAAGAAGGAGUGAUGGAGUGCUGCAUCAGAUGGCCUGGCCUCCACAAUCCCCGACCUCAACCCAAUUGAGAUGGUUUGGGAUGAGUCAGACGGCAGACUUAAGGAAAAGCAGCCAACAAGUGCUAAGCAUAUGUGGGAACUCCUUCGAGACUGUUGGAAAAGCAUUCCAGGUGAAGCUGGUUGAGAGAAUGCCAAGAGUGUGCAAAGCUGUCAUCAAGGCAAAGGGUGGCUAUUUGAAGAAUCUCAAAUAUAAAAUAUAUUUUGAUUUGUUUAACACUUUUUUGGUUACUACAUGACUCCAUAUGUGUUAUUUCAUAGUUUUGAUGUCUUCACUAUCAUUCUACAAUGUACAAAUAAAAGAAAUCCCUUGAAUGAGAAUGUGUGUCCAAACUUUUGACUGGUAGUGUAUGUAAAUGUCAUAUUUCAGUUUUUUAUUUAAAAACAAUUAGCAAACAUUUCUAAAAACCAAUUUUUGCUUUGUCAUUAUGGGGUACUGUGUGUAGAUUGAGGGGGGGAAAAACAAUUUGAUCCAUUUUAGAUAACGCUGUAAUGUAACAAAAUGUGUAAAAAGUAUUGAUAAAAGUCACUUUGUCCUAGAGAGAUUUACAUGGUUAUAAAAACGUCACACCAGGGUAAGUCUAUAUGAAACGCAGCCCUAUUUUAAAAUCCCCUAUGUGAAAAAUGAAUUGCGGAAAGACGAUUGGAACCAUUUCCCUGUUUGACCGCUAGGUUUUAGGGGUAUUGUGACUCAUACUCUGGUACUCUAUUAACAAACCACAAACAUCAUAGUCACGAAUAAGACCGUUUCUGAGGAAGCUUUACUUGGAUCUAUGUUUGUUGUAGUAAGACACUGUGGAGCUCAGGGUUGGGAUUGGUAUCUGUUGAUCACCUCUACUUGAGCCCAAGCAUCAGUCUGUUGACCUCUAUGGAUCAUCACACUCAAGUGGCUAAAACGUUGCUCAACUUUGCUUUAUCUAAGUGCUCUUAGAGAACAAUGGGCUCAUCAAUCCAGAAUGUCCCAUGCCUUGGCUGUUGGUGUCAGUCAGCAGGUGUCCUUGGGAGGGUUUGGAGAGGGUUUGUUUGUAGGCUCUUGAAGUACAUGUUUGCUCCUGAAGCAGGGAUACUUGGCUCUGUGUACUCUCUCUUUGUUCAUGAGUGCGUUUGGAAAAGAAGAGCGUUUGUGUGUGCUUUACUGCUGCUUCUAAAACAAACGUCUAAAUUUGGUUUGGAGAAGACUAGGAGGUGUGUUGUUCUCCUGUUGUUUCUCUCCUCAGGUUUUCCUUCAUCUUUGCCCCUGAAGUUUUCUCCUAACAGAGUUGGUUGUUGUGGUGUUUUAUUUUCAGACACCAUAAUAAGAUCCGCACCAUCGAUGGAAGGCGGAUGAGAGACCUAGUCUCCGUGGAAACACUGGACCUGAGCAGUAAUGACAUCACAGAAGUCAGAGGUCAAGGUUUUCCCGCAGGCCUCCAGAUCAAAGACCUGUAAGAUCAGCCCUUUUCCUCUUAUGUCAAACAUUCUUCCUACAUUUCUCAUCUAAUUGUAAAUGUUGUGCCAAUGUUAUCAAUGUAUGUCUUGUUACUGUCCAUUGAGGAGCCAUGACAGUGUGCUAUGCUGUCUUCCAGGUACCUGAGCAACAACAAGAUCCAGCUCCUGGAGGCCGGUGCUCUGGACCGGCUCUCUUCGUCCCUGCAGGUUCUCAGACUGAGUCGGAACCGCAUCUCCCAGGUCCCUGUCAAAAGCUUCCAGCUCCCCAAGUUGACCCAACUGUGAGUACUGUUCCAUACCACCUCCAGACACCUCUCAGCUCACUUAGGCUCAUGUUUGUUUAGUCUCCCUACUCGCCUCCUAUCCUAUCCUCAACCAUCAUGAGAGAAACAACCAAACUGACCCUGGGCCAGUUGUUAAAGACACAGUGUACAGUACCCAUAGUCCAUGACCACACAGACGUUGGAGGGAAAAGAACAUUGGAAAGUUGGACAAAACCUAAAGAGGCUGACUCCUUUGACACCGUCCCAUUUGUUGAGGAGUGUGUGAACCUCUCCCCUCCAGGGUAGCAGCAUUGGUAAACAUCAGACCGAUACCAUGGCUGAGUUAUGGCCUCUGUCCUCUCUGAGCCCUGCUCUCUGUCAUUGUCUCCCCCCUCCACUGCAGCAUGGGGCUAGGGCAGACCCAUCCUUACCUCAACACUCCCACUCUGGGGAGAAAAGACACAUGUAACGAUACUCUCCUCCAUUGUAGACAGGGCUCCCUUCUCUCCCCAGCCCUCCCAGAUUCCCCAGGUGGGUAUUGUUCAACAGGUGGCCCCGGUGACACUGUAUAUGCGGAUGCUUGUGGCAACAUGGAGGACACACAAAGACGUUGUGUGGAUGUUUAUUGUUCAGCUAUGCUCCUGGGCUGUGAUGUUAAACCUCACACACGCCAGGUGCACAGAUCCACUGGUACAAAGCUAUCUGAGAACUCUUUUGAUACAGAAGGUAAAAGGGUUUUUUAUCUUGUGGGGUCAUUUGUCUUUUUACCUUUGCUUGUCCCUGUGAGUUUACUCUUAAGAAGUAGGCUACACUGAGAGGUUAGCUGUAUACAGUACGCUCUGGACAGAAGUAGCCUUCUCAGUUUCAGAAGUGAAUGCAGAUGCCCUUCAAAGCAUAUGGGGCUGCAAUCCAGUGCUGUUUGAAUGUAUUUGAUGAGUUUGCUCCUUUAGUUAACCCUAGCAUGAUUAAUGAAGGUUUGUGAUCACGUGUUGUGUUGCCCAGGUCAUAACUUGACCCUGGUCUGUAACCCAAACUUCACCUCAGCCAUUAGGGGUACACAUCCCUGGCUGCAGGUGGAAUAGAUACCACCGUGUAAUGCCACGUAUGUUUUUGUGGGGCCGAAUGGCGCUGCUAAGAUGUGUUACAGUAUUACUUCACAGGUUUUUCCUGUAGGACCAUACUUGUCUCUGUCUCUCUCUCUCUCUCUCUCUCUCUCUCUCUCUCUCUCUCUCUCUCUGUCUCUCUGUCUCUCUGUCUCUCUCUCUAUCUCUCUGUCUCUGUCUCUGUCUCUCUCUCUGUCUCUGUCUCUGUCUCUGUCUCUGUCUCUGUCUCUCUCUCUCUCUCUGCUCAUCAUUGCAUCUCUCUCUAACUCCUUGCUGGGUUGUGUUGUCAUGUCCUCCAGUGAGCUGAACAGGAACCGUGUGAGGCAGGUGGAGGGGCUGACCUUCCAGGGCCUGGCCAGUCUGGAGGUCCUCAAGCUGCAGAGGAACAACAUCAGCAAGCUCACCGACGGAGCCUUCUGGGGCCUGGCCAAGAUGAAAGUGCUGUGAGUAACAGAAACAUACUGCUCCCAAUUCCCCAACUCCCUGCCUGGUCUUGAGGACUGACUCUAGAUCAGUUGGAUCACUUGACUGUCUGUCCUCAAGAACCGUUGUAGGAUCACUUUCUCCUACUCCACUCGUAUUACUUUCUGCUCUUAACAAUUGUUUCACAAGCAACUCUAUGCUCUAUUAUUGUCCAUUAACAUUGAGCAAAACUAUGAACCACGAUUAGACAACAUGUAAUGUCCAAUCUCCUGUGUCAUACCAAACUACAUUACCCAUGAUGCCUAGUCUGAACCUGUCUGUGACCUCCUCCCCUGCAGUCACCUGGACUACAACAGCCUGAGGGAGGUGAACAGUGGCUCCCUGUAUGGCCUGUCCGCUCUGCUGCAGCUCUUCCUCAGCAACAACUCCAUCUCCCACAUCAACCCAGAUGGCUGGAGAUUCUGCCAGAGGCUACGAGAACUGUGAGUAGCACAUCAGAAACCUCCCAACCCCUGUAAACCAAAGCACCAAAAACCUCAUAACACUUGUAACUAUAGCACCAAUUCUUGCCUCAUCCUCAACCCCUGAGAAACAAACUAAAAUAUGCAUCCCCUAGCCUCCAGCUAUGUACCCCAGUCUUACCCCAGCCUCCAACUUCCAACCCCCUGUCUCUUCUUGUUUAUCCCCAACCACAACCCUAAGAACCUAACCCUGAAUCUGUUCCCCGCUCCGCCCCUCCCCUCUUUGUACCUUCACGAAAGCUACAUGACUCACUUAACGCUCAAUACCACACGCUCCUCUCACUAUGAGCCUGUUUAUCCCAUAAUGAGUGGUAGGAUUGACAGUACUUAAGCCCUCUCAAGAGUGUGUAUUCACAUCUCUGUCAGGUUGGUAGAGAGUGUGUAACCCUCUGUUGGUAGGGAUACUGGGGUAAUUGCAGAGGGAUCUCCCUCUAAUGAAGGAGAGAGACUCUGUUUACACCACUGUACUGCACUACUGCAUAGCUCAGCUCUGCUCAGGUGUCGCUAACUGUACGGCUGCCUGUUAGGCUCCUGUGUCUGUGCACUGUGUCAUUGUGUAUGUGAGGGAGACAGAUUGCUCUGUGUAUCUGUGUUGCGACUCAGUGCGAGUCCGGGUUUAUAUGAUUUUAUUAGCUGGUCCAUGGUGACUGUGAUAUAAGUGGGAUAGUGUCUUGGUUAGCCCUCAGGUGUAGCAGAGAGGCUGUCCUUCUGACCUGCCUGUUAUUACAUUCCGGAUGAGACGGCAGCCUGCCUGACGGGGCAUCACAGAGACUGGCCAGUGGCCACACAUGACCACCCUAGCCCCCUUCAGAGAGGCACAGCCCAGCCACUCGCAUAACAGACCCUUUGAUCAUGCAUACUGAUAAACAAUACAUAUUUAUCACCACUGAUGCACAGUGUACCUACUUAAACAAAACCAUAACUCUAGGAAAGACAUCCGAGAAGUGUCCAUUUGUCCAACUGGAAAUGUACACAAUUUGUAAAUGGUUUGUGUCCUGAUUCCUUAUCAAGCAUGAUAGGAAACUGCUGUGUAUGAUAUUGAGUGGAAAAAUACAGCAUCCAUCCAGAGGCAUGAAGACAUUGAAUAAAGCCAUAUAAAAUAGAGAAUAAUUAAGUUUCAGGUAGGUUAGGUUACCUUAGUGCUGUGCCAUCUUGUCCUUCUGGUCCAAGCCUGACACCGUAUGUAUUUCUAUCUCAUUUCCUCCUGCAGGAAUCUGUCCUAUAACAACCUGAGUCGUCUGGACGAGGGCAGUCUGGCGGUGCUGGGGGACCUCCACACUCUCCGUCUGGGACACAACUCCAUCAGCCACAUCACUGAGGGGGCCUUCAGAGGCCUCAAGGCCGUGCGCCUCCUGUAAGUCCUCCUGAACACACACAACUAUGGUUCCAUACUGUAGACUCAUCCUAAGUGACUAAUUGAAAGGCCCAAUGCAGACGUUUUUAUAUUUCUGGGUAACAAUUAAGUACCUUACUGUAAUAGAUUGCCAUUAAAAUUGUCAAAAAUUUGCUUUUUAGCAACAACAAAAAAUAUAUCUCAAGCAAGACUUUAGCUAAGACUGUCUGGGAGUGGUCUGAGUGGGGAGGGGAAAACUGAAACAUAGCUAUUGUUGGCAGAGAGGUUUGGAACUCUCUUUGUCUAUUAACCAAUUUACCAUGGAAAGCCUAAACUCCCGCCCAUGCAAACCUGCUGAUUAGAAGUCCUUGUGUAGAUUUGUAUUUUCAACCAGCAACUAUCAGGAAAUAACACUGAUCAAAUGUUUUCACACUUUUACAGUUCUAGUUUCAUCAGCUGUUGUACAAUAUGAUAUAAAACACAGGAAAAACAGAAUUCAAUACGGCUUUAUUAAGCCCCUCUGGGGCCAUUUAGAAAGUGGAGUUAGCUGUUUGCUUUUCAGACCAUUGCUUUAAAACAGAUCUAGUUUGUAUUCAUGCAUAUUCAUGUGUAUCUGUUUACGAGGUGUGCAUGCGUCACUAUUGUCAUGGUUUCAUUCUGUGAGAACUUUUAUUUUGGUGGGUCUGUUCUCGUCUUCCCUCUCUGUUUGGUCAUUGGUUCCCCUCGAUGUUGGAUGCACAUGUGUUCCCUGUCCUCUGCCUCCCUGGAGAUUCUUUGCCUUUUUAAACGGAGCAGUGAAAAGCAGUACGGGAGACUUCUCUCCCCCCACACCCUUAUGAACACACCUUGAACAGUCAGAAAUAGAGGAAGAGGGAGGCUGGGGGGUGGGUCCUUCUCCUAAUGUCUUUUUGGCCCGGGAUCUUCCCAGAGAGCCAGAGAAAAGAGUAAGACCUUUGCUUUGGAGACAAGGCCUUUCUCACAGGGAGGUGACAAGCCAAGGCGUAUAUAGGCCUUUCUCCGCUGGCACAGGGGGAGCGUUGGGCUGGGGGGAGGGGGUUCAGCUGUGUGAGAGGCCCUCUGUUUGGCUCCCCUCUCUCACCCGCUCUUUCUUUCUUUCUUCCUUUCUUCCUUGGCCUUCUUUUCUUUCUUACUUGUUUGCUUUGUUCCGCUCUCCCGUUUCCUCUCUUUUUGCUUUCUAAUUUUCUUUUUACGUCCUAUUCACUUUAUGCUCACCCCUUUCUUCCUCGCUCUCCUUCCCUCUCUUUCCUCCCUUCUCUCUCUCUCUGAGGCAGGUCUAAUCUAAUCAGUGAAGCGCUGGGUAGGCGCAGGCCCAAGCUGUAAGGGAGCGGAGGCAGGUUUAAUUGAUCAGCACUGCUGGCCGUAGUGGCAUGGGGCUAGAGGCUGCGGUGGGUGUGAAAGCCCAGAGAAGGCCAGACUUUCAGCCGGGGGUUCAGUCCUCAGGGGCCCGCGGCCCCUGGCCCCCGCCACUGCUUACAUUAACAAGGCAACGGCCAUUCACACUCAGCCAGCCAGAAAGAAUAGGAAAUUGGCAGCUGAGUCCGGCCUUGGAGGCAAAGUAACCAAAAGGAACCAAAGGGGGUGAGGGAAGGAUUGAGGGGGUGUGGGUGACCAUCAGACUCACAGGGUUUUCAGAGUUUGAAUGAAUGUAUUUUAACGGCACGGGGAACAAAGCGUGGGAUAGAGCGGCGACUCGUGUCUUUGUUGUGCUGUUGUUUUUGUUUUAAAUGAUUAUUCAAAUGGUUCCUUUGCCCAGAUGACUUAAGCAGUUAAGUGUUUUUUCUGGGCCAAAUAAGUGUUCUAUUUGGUGGGCCAAAUAAGUGUUUUUUUGUGCCUCCUUUUUCUGGGGGUGGGGGGUUCAGGAUGGAAAAAAGUUUUCAGUUUUAAAUUCAAUAUAAAGUAUGUAAAAAAAUUAUAAUGGACCUAUAUAUUUUUUAAAAUAAGAUUAUGCUUGAGAUGCUUGAGUCAAUCAGAUAGCAUAAGUCAAAGCAAAAUGUGUAGAAUUGCAGGAAAUUUGCUUUAAAACUGCAAGAUUUUAUCUCCGCCACAUGGCAAAAUGUGUAGAAUUUAAAAAAGCUAAACGUUUUCACUGCGGACAACAGGAGGUACUCUAGAUCGACGACCACACCGUUGGCAAUGCUCCCGCCACGCCCACCACCUAAGCUGCAUUUUGAUCAAGUAAAAACCCUGAGUUAGAAGUAGUGUGUCAGAAUAGCUAAUUAAUUGUAUUCAACCAGAGGUGGUUGGUGGCACCUUAAUUGGGGAAGAUGGGCUUGUGGUAAUGGCUGGAGCGAAAUCAGUGGAAUGGUAUCAAAUACAUCAACCACAUGGUUUCCAUGUUUGAUGCCAUUAGAAUCAAAUCAAAUCAAAUUGUAUUUGUCACAUGCGCUGAAUACAACAGGUGUAGACCUUACAGUGAAAUGCAUACUUACAAGCCCUUAACCAACAAUGCAGUUUUAAGAAAAAUAAGGGUUAAGUAAAAAAUAGAUAACAACAUAAAAAUAACAAAUAAUUAAAGAGCAGCAGUAAAAUAACAUUAGCAAGGCUACAGUUGCAGUCGGAAGUUUACAUAUAACUUAGCCAAAUACAUUUAAACUCAGUUUUUCACAAUUCCUGACAUUUAAUCCUAGUAUAAAUUCCCUGUCUUAGGUCAGUUAAGAUCACCACUUUAUUUUAAGAAUGUGAAAUGUCAGAAUAAUAGUAGAGAGAAUGAUUUAUUUCAGCUUUUAUUUCUUUCAUCACAUUCUCAGUGGGUCAGAAGUUUGCAUACACUCAAUUAGUAUUUGGUAGCAUUGCCUUUAAAUUGUUUAACUUGGGUCAAACGUUUCGGGUAGCCUUCCACAAGCUUCCCACAAUAAGUUGGGUGAAUUUUGGCCCAUUCCUCCUGACAGAGCUGGUGUAACUGAGUCAGGUUUGUAGGCCUCCUUGCUCGCACACGCUUUUUCAGUUCUGCCCACACAUUUUCUAAAGAAUUGAGGUCAGGGCUUUGUGAUGGCCACUCCAAUACCUUGACUUUGUUGUCCUUAAGCCAUUUUGCCACAACUUUGGAAGUAUGCUUGGGGUCAUUGUCCAUUUGGAAGACCCAUUUGCGACCAAGCUUCAACUUCCUGACUGAUGUCUUGAGAUAUUGCUUCAAUAUAUCCACAUAAUUUUCCUUCCUCAUGAUGCCAUCUAUUUUGUGAAGUGCACCAGUCCCUCCUGCAGCAAAGCACCCCUUCAGCAUGAUGCUGCCACCCCCGUGCUUCACGGUUGGGAUGGUGUUCUUCGGCUUGCAAUUACCCCCUUUUUCCUCUAAACAUAACGAUGGUCAUUAUGGCCAAACAGUUCUAUUUUUGUUUAAUCAGUCCAGAGGACAUUUCUCCAAAAAGUACAAUCUUUGUCCCCAUGUGCUGUUGCAAACCGUAGUCUGGCUUUUUUAUGGCGGUUUUGGAGCAUUGGCUUCUUCCUUGCUGAGCGGCCUUUCAGGUUAUGUCGAUAUAGGACUCGUUUUACUGUGGAUAUAGAUACUUUGUACCUGAUUCCUCCAGCAUCUUCACAAGGUCCUUUGCAGUUGUUCUGGGAUUGAUUUGCACUUUUCGCACCAAGGUACGUUCAUCUCUAGGAGACAGAACGCGUCUCCUUCCUGAGCGGUAUGACGACUGCGUGGUCCCAUGGUGUUUAUUCUUGCGUACUAUUGUUUGUACAGAUGAACGUGGUUCCUUCAGGCGUUUGGAAAUUGCUCCCAAGGAUGAACCAGACUUUUGGUGGUCUACAAUUUUCUUUCUGAGGUCUUGGCUGAUUUCUUUAGAUUUUCCCAUGAUGUCAAGCAAAGAGGCACUGAGUUUGAAGGUAGGCCUUGAAAUACAUCCACAGGUACACCUCCAAUUGACUCAAAUGAUGUCAAUUAGCCUAUCAGAAGCUUCUAAAGCCAUGACAUCAUUUUCUGGAAUUUUCCAAGCUGUUUAAAUGCACAGUCAACUUGGUGUAUGUAAACAUCUGACCCACUGGAAUUGUGAUACAGUGAAUUAUAAGUGAAAUAAUCUGUCUGUAAACAAUUGUAGAUGUCCUAACCGACUUGCCAAAACUAUAGUUUGUUAACAAGAAAUUUGUGGAGUGGUUGAAAAAACGAGUUUUAAUGACUCCAACCUAAGUGUAUGUAAACUUCAGACUUCAACUGUAUAUACAGGGGGUACCGGUACAGAGUCAAUGUGCGGGGUAACAGGUUAGUCAAGGUAAUUAAGGUAAAAUGUACAUGUAGGUAGAGUUAUUAAAGUGACUAUGCAUAGAUAAUAAACAGAGAGUAGCAGCAGCGUAAAAGAGGGGGUGGGGGGGGAACAAUGCAAAUAGUCCGGGUAGCCAUUUGAUUAGCUGUUCAGGAGUCUUAUGGCUUCGGGAUAGAAGCCGUUUGGACCUACACUUGGCGCUCCGGUACCGCUUGCCGUGCUGUAGCAGAGAGAACAGUCUAUGACUAGGGUGGCUGGAGUCUUUGACAAUUUUUAGGGCCUUCCUCAGACACCGCCUGGUAUAGAGGUCCUGGAUGGCAGGGAGCUUGGCCCCAGUGAUGUACUGGGCUGUACGCACUACCCUCUGUAGUGCCUUGCGGUCGGAGGCAGAGCAGUUGCCAUAACAGACAGUGAUGCAACCAGUCAGGAUGCUCUUGAUGGUGCAGCUGUAUAACUUUUUGAGGAUCUGAGGACCCAUGCCAAAUCUUUUCAGUCUCCUGAAGGGGAAUAGGCUUUGUCGUGCCCUCUUCACGACUGUCUUGGUGUGUUUGGAGCAUGAUAGUUUGUUGGUGAUGUGGACACCAAGGAACUUGAAGCUCUCAGCCUGCUCCACUACAGCCCUGUCGAUGAGAAUGUGGGCGUGCUUGGUCCUCUUUUUCCUGUAGUCCACAAUCAUCUCCUUUGUCUUGAUCACGUUAAGGGAGAGGUUGUUAUCCUGGGUGAACAGGGAGUACAGGAGGGGACUGAGCACGCACCCCUGAGGGGCCCCCAUGUUGAGAAUCAGCGUGGCAUAUGUGUUGUUACCUACCCUUACCACCUGGGGGCGGCCCGUCAGGAUGUCCAGGAUCCAGUUGCAGAGGGAGGUGUUUAGUCCCAGGAUCCUUAGCUUAGUGAUGAGCUUUGAGGGCACUAUGGUGUUGAACGCUGAGCUGUAGUCAAUGAAUAGCAUUCUCACAUAGGUGUUCCUUUUGUCCAGGUGGGAAAGGAAAGUGUGGAGUGCAAUAGAGAUUGUAUCAUCUGUGGAUCUGUUGGGGCUGUAUGCAAAUUGGAGUGGGUCUAGGGUUUCUGGAAUAAUGGUGUUGAUAUGAGCCUUUACCAGCCUUUCAAAGCACUUCAUGGCUACAGACGUGAGUGCUAUGGGUCGGUAGUCAUUUAGGCAGGUUACCUUAGUGUUCUUGGGCACAGGGACUAUGGUGGUCUGCUUGAAACAUGUUGGCAUUACAGACUCAGUCAGGGGCAGGUUGAAAAUGUCAGUGAAGACACUUGCCAGUUGGUCAGCGCAUGCUUGGAGUACACGUCCUGGUAAUCCAUCUGGCCCUGCGGCCUUGUGAAUGUUAACCUGUUUAAAGGUCUUACUCACAUCGGCUACGGAGAGCGUGAUCACACAGUCGUCCAGAACACCUGAUGCUCUCGUGCAUGCUUCAGUGUUGCUUGCCUCGAAGCGAGCAUAGAAGUAAUUUAGCUCGUCUGGUAGGCUUGUGUCACUGGGCAGCUCGCAGCCGUGCUUCCCUUUGUAGUCUGUAAUAGUUUGCAAGCCCUGCCACAUCAGACGAGCGUCGGAGCCGGUGUAGUACGAUUUCAAUCUUAGUCCUGUAUUGACGCUUUGCCUGUUUGAUGGUUCGUUGGAGGGCAUAGCGGGAUUUCUUAUAAGCGUCGGGGUUAGUGUCCCAAGCCUUGAAAGCGGCAGCUCUACCCUUUAGCUCAGUGCGGAUGUUGCCUGUAAUCCAUGACUUCUGGUUGGGGUAUGUACAUAUGGUCACUGUGGGGAUGACGUCAUCGAUGCACUUAUUGAUGAAGCCAGUGACUGAUGUGGUGUACUCCUCAAUGCCAUCGGAAGAAUCCCAGAACAUAUUCCAGUCUGUGAUAGAAAAACAGUCCUGUAGCUUAGCAUCUGCAUCAUCUGACCACUUCUUUAUUGACCGAGUCACUGGUGCUUCCUGCUUUAGUUUUUGCUUGUAAGCAGGAGUCAGGAGGAUGGAGUUAUGGUCAGAUUUGCCAAAUGGAGGGCGAGGGAGAGCUUUGUACGAGUCUCUGUGUGUGGAGUGAAGGUGGUCUAGAGUUUUUUUAUUUUAUUAAAUGUUUUUCUCUGGUUGCACAUUUAACAUGCUGGUAGAAAUUAGGUAAAACGGAUUUAAGUUUCUCUGCAUUAAAGUCCCUAGCCACUAGGAGCGCUGCCUCUGGAUGAGCGUUUUCCUGUUUGCUUAUGGCCUUAUACAGCUCAUUGAGUGCGGUCUUAGUGCCAGUAUCGGUUUGUGGUGGUAAAUAGUUUUCAUCUAUAUAUUUCAUAGCUGUCUAUCUUGGUAAAUAGUAUGGUCUACAGCUUAUCAUGAGAUACUCUACCUCAGGCGAGCAAAACCUUGAGACUUCCUUAAUAUUAGAUUUCGUGCAGCAGUCGUUGUUUACAGAUAUACACAGACCGCCACCCCUUGUCUUACCUGGAGGCAGCUGUUCUAUCUUGCCGAUGCAGUGUAUAUCCCGCCAGCUGUAUGUUAUCCAUGUCGUCAUUCAGCCACGACUCGGUGAAACAUAAGAUAUUACAGUUUUUAAUGUCCCGUUGGUAGGAUAUCCGUGAUCGUAGUUAGUCUAAUUUGUUUUCCAAUGAUUCCCCACUCGCUGUCGGAUCCUUACAAGGCACCCCUACCUACGUCCCCGGUAUCGCCGUCUCUUUCUCAUGCGAAUGACAGGGAUUUGGGCCUUGUCGGGUGUCUGAAGAAAAUCCUUAGUGUCCGACUCGUUAAAGAAAAAAUCUUCGUCCAGUACGAGGUGAGUAAUCGCUGUCCUGAUAUCCAGAAGCUCUUUUCGGUCAUAAGAGACGGUGGCAGAAACUUUAUGUACAAAAUAAGUUACAAAUAACGCGAAAAAACUCACACAAUAGCACAAUUGGUUAGGAGCCCGUAAAACAUCAGCCAUCUCCUCCGGUGCCAUGUUUCUAAUCGCCGUUCCUGCCAUUAUUGUGAACCGUCCUCCCCUCAGCAGUCUCCACUGCAUUCAAAAUGCGUUUAGAAAUUUCCCGGCAGACUCAAAGUGAAAGACGUUAUUUUAUUGACUCUCAUUCUGGCUUGAUAUGGAUAAGGUCUUUCUUCACUCAUUAGGCUCUGAGUCUGUGCUGGGACUGACAUACCUGCCACCACACUGCCGGACCUGAAUCCAAAGGCAUUGUGUGCCCGCCAAUCCCUCCAUGCUGUCAUGAAUUAUACAUGUGUGCCUGUGUUGGGUUGUGUACCUUACCCAUUCCUCCUCACAAAGGAAAGAAUGUGCUUGGCUGGCAGAGCAGAUCAGCAGAGAGGCUUGCUCUUUAGACCAGGUGCAGGGGGGUUAGAGGGGUAACCAGUGACUUCCAGCCCCAUCUCUGCCAAGGCUACACAGUGCUCCAACUGGCAGGCCUGUUCUGCUCUCCUCCUCCUCCCUCUCCUCCUCCUCUUAUCCCUUCUUUUCUCUCUCUCUCCACAGGGAGCUGGACCAUAACGACAUCUCAGGCACAAUAGAGGACACCAAUGGGGCCUUCUCUGGACUGGACAGCCUCAACAAGCUGUGAGUAUCCACCCCCCCCUUUCCUCCAUCCCCCUCUCCCCAGAACCGGCCCCUUUAAGCUGGCUGCCCUGCCACUGGUUGGUGAUUGUCUGCAGAUCUGUGAACAGCUCCUUCAGUCCAGCGUGAAGGGUUUUCCACUGCAAUCAAAUAGUUUCCUCUGAGGCCUGUCGCCUGCCUAUAGUCUAUAUCUAGUUCUCCCAGACCUGGCUUCAGACAGGACCAGCUCCAUCUCUCCCUUCCCUCUGGGCCCCACACGUAAUUUGGAAGUGUAACACUGAGAGAUGACUAAGUGCUGCUCUGAGUUUUAUUAGGGUUUUUCAUGAAGCAUGCAGGUUCAUAUUUUAACGGCAACUGGCUUUAAACUUGAAACAAGCCUGAAUCUGGUUUUCAUUUGGUUUACCAGACUCUCAACUGCAAUUGUGUCCAAGUUCAGAUUGUCUGUUGGUGGGAAUUGAACUGCCUUGACGGUUAAACGAUGUCAAUGUGUUGUGAUCUCUCGUAUAACCAUUAAACCAUACCACAAUGAACAUACUGGGGCCUAAACAAUCCUGGGAUAAAAGAUGGUGUCCAACCAAGGCUGUUCCCUGUGUGAGUGCUAUCCUAUUGAAAGGGCUUUUCUAUUCACCUGCAGGAGAUGAGCCUCAGCAGCUCUGUCUCUCUAGCCCUGCUCCUCUCUCUCUGCUCCACGGCCAUGCCUUCCUGCCUGUUGUUAGGGACUGAAAGAGGGUGAAAUUGGCCCAGCGCUGGCACAAUCCUUCCAUCCCGCCGGAAAACAACACUCCCCAACCCUGGGAAAAACAGAGAGAGAGGGGGAGGGACAUUAAAGUGUCCUCCACACGCUUUGGGUCCCUCCAAAUCGGAUUGUGAUGGGAGAAUGGUCUGGGUGAACUUGUGCACUCACAAGUGGUCACAAAAAAACCAAUUUCCCCAUUGCUGUUUGAGGUGGAAAAAUAAAUUAAUAUAUUGAGUGAAGAAAUGUUAGUUAGAUCAUUAUAGCAUUGUAUACAUUUUUUCCAAAAUGUGAUUACUCUAUGAAGACAAUGUGAUUGGAAUGAAAGGCAAUGUAGACUGCUAGAUGUGCAAUGUGAUGGUGGAAAUAAGAAUGAUUUAGAAAUAUUUAUUUAAAUAUGCUAAAUACGUUGGAUGGAAGUGCAGUAACUUCCAGAGAGUAAUGGUUCUCUGUGAUGAAGCCUGCUGUGCAGCCCGUCUCCCCCUGUAGAGUCUAGAAACAUAGGGCUCUGGCUGAUCUGGGGUCAGUAGUGAGUGACAUCUCUGCCAGGAGCUGACAGGUCCUCUCCAUGACCAGUCAUCUGCCCCGGGCCCCCUAAACACAGAGGCUUUCUUACAGAACGCCUGUGAUCAAUACCUCUUAUCAACAUGCGUCUUAGUGUUAGCUUAUCUCCCCCAAAUGUAAUGAUAACCAAGCAGACGCCCAAUGGUUUUUGAAACAUGGUUUGUAUUUACAUUUUACUGUGUAGAUUUUCAGUGGAUCGAUAUAGAAGGGGAGAGAGUAGAGUGGAGGAGGCGUGACAGGAUUGAAAUGUUCCGAUGCAGGGGUCUUAACUCUAAACCAGCCGACUGUGUCCAUCCGCUCCUCCUGGGAAGGAAGGCAGAGAGAGAUGAGAGGAAGGAUGAAGGGACGGACAGAAGGGGAGGAGAAGGAGGGAGGGUAGAGGGGUGUCUUUUGAAGAGCGGCUGGGAUUAGACCCCCAGAGCUGCUUGUUCCUUACUUGAACCCGGCCUUGACAAGGCUACUUUUAUUACUCUACAAGCUGUGUUGUCCCUCAGUGAGACAACCUGCUUUUCAUGUGGCCCCCUGGCUCUCAGCCCCACCCUGUCAUCGCUAUUAAAUUCUAAUAAAGAUAAAAGUGGUCUUUGAAGAGCAGGCCGGGAGAGGGCGGGCCCUGAGUCCCUCACCCUCCUAAUCUCCACACAGUUCGUAUUUCCAAUACCUCAAUCCUCUGGUCUUAUCAGAUUCAACCCCUCUAACUGUGCAUUCUCCUCCUUCCCCUUCCUCCUCUCUCUCUAUAUGUUUUUUUGUCCAUUCCCUCCUCGCUCACUCUUUCACGCUCUUUCUUUCUUUCUUUUUCACGCUCUUUCUUUCUUUCUUUUUCACGCUCUUUCUUUCUUUCUCUCUCUCUCUCUCUCUCUCUCUCCUCUCUCUCUCUCUCCUCUCCUCUCUCUCUUCUCUCUCUCUCUCUCUCUCUCUCUCUCUCUCUCUCUCUCUCGCUCUCUCUCUCUCUCUCUUCUCGUCUCUCUUCUCUCUCUCUCUCUCUCUCUCUCUCUCUCUCUCUCUCUCUCUCUCUCUCUCUCUCUCUCUCUCUCUCUCUCUCUCUCUCUCUCUCUCUCUCUCUCUCUCUCUCUCACGUUUAUCGGCGCCCUUCAUGUGUGGAAAUUGCAGAACUCUGUUUGGAAACAAGAUCAAGUCGGUGGCCAAGAAAGCCUUCUUAGGCCUGGAGGCCCUGGAGCACCUGUGAGUAUCCCACAAUGCACUGCGCGCCCCCAAGAGUGGCUGCCAAAAGUAGCUGCCUGAGAGGGCUGCUAGAAAUUAAAUAGUGUCUUUGUUAAAGGAGAAGACGGGCAGUUUGUGGGGCAAGCUGCUUCCCUCUCGUUAGAGGCAGCUUUAACUUUGGUCUUUUUUCCCUGGUGCAAGGGAACAAAGUUAUUGAGCAUAUGGUCAGUUUGGUACAAGAAAUUGAAUUUAUAAGUUCUUUCACAGACUCUGACCGUUAAGAAAAAAAAGUGAUUAAAAAGCUGGAGAGUAUCAUUGGUCUUACACGCCUGAAUCUAAAGUAAGCCCUUGCUGGCCGUGACACCGCUGUGUGUGUGUGUGUGUGUGCAUGCGCAUGCGUGUGCGUUCCCGUGUCCCCUUUAUGUCAGUGCUGACGGGCGGCCCUCUGUUUAAUGUCUCAACAGGAAUCUGGGAGAGAACGCCAUCCGCUCUAUUCAGCCAGAGGCCUUCAGCAAGAUGAGGAGCCUCAGGAACCUGUGAGUCUGCAAUGAUGAACACACACAUAUAUAUAUAUAUAUAUAUAUAUAUCUAUACACACACACACGAUACACACACACCUCACACUUAGUCUUUGGAAAAUGUGAUUUUCUUCACAAUGAUAUGAUAUGGCUACACCAUACUGCUGCAGUUCAGAUCAAAGUAAGUCUUUAAAGGAGAAUGACAAACUCUUCAGUCCUCUCCCCGCCCCGCCCCGCCCCUCCUCUCCUCUCCCCGCCCCUCCUCUCCUCUCCCCACCCUGCCUCUCUCCUCCUCUCCCCUCUUCUCCUCUCCCCUCUCCCAGGCUCAUCCAGAGUGCCAGUUUCCUGUGUGACUGUCAGCUCCACUGGUUCCCUGAGUGGCUGUUGACCCGGAGGCUACAGACAGGCGUAGAGGCUACCUGUGCACAUCCCGAAACCCUGAAGGGUACCAGCAUCUUCCAGGCUCCGCCAGAAAGCUUUGUCUGUGGUGAGUAAUGUGUGUGUGUGUGUUAGGGCAGUAUGCUUGCUUUCUGUCAGACCGCGCAGGCAGCAGCUAAGACCAGAUGGUGUUUUAAAUUCCAGCUCGGGGUUGUUUACAGUAUAUGUGUUUAUUUGUUUAUGUGUGUGUGAGAUUUUGUUCAAAUGUUUUGAUUUAGGUUCAGUGAUGUGCUAAUCCUUCCUUGUUUGUUUGUGUGUAUGCAUAGUAUACAUAUCUUCUGUCACUGAGAGAAAACAUUUGGUUACAAAGAAUAAUGCUUAUGGAAGUUUGUCGUCUCUCCGUCUCUCUCCUCUCACCGCCUCUCUCCUGUAGACGACCUGCCUAAGCCCCAGAUUACGGUGCAGCCAGAGACCACAGUGACGGUUCUGGGUAGUGACAUGCGCCUCACGUGCACGGCGGCCAGCAGCAGCAGCUCACCUAUGACCUUCGCCUGGCGCAAAGACCAGGAGCUGCUCCGCCAUGCAGAGGUGGAGAACUUCGCCCACAUGCGCGCUCACCACGGGGGGGUGCAUGAGGCCAGGGGGGUGAUGGAAUACACCACCAUUUUGCACCUGCGUCAUGUGACCUUUGCCCACGAGGGCCGAUACCAGUGCAUCAUCACCAACCACUUUGGCUCCUCCUACUCUACCAAGGCCCGCCUCACUGUCAACGGUACGCCACCAGGCCCUGAAGGGUUAACUGUCUCCCAGUAUGACUGGUUUAUAUAGAUAGAAAUUGGGAAUGUUUGUGUGCAUGCGUGCGGUGGGAUCAUUUUCUCACUGUAAUAUGCUGAUUUAGUAGAUAUUUUGCCUAGUUAAACUCAAUAAGUGAGUUAUUCUAGUGGUAAGAGAUUAGUGGUAAUUCUUAGCUUGAACAUAGUAUCUCUCUUUGUCUCUCUGCAUCGCCCUGUGUGUGAGUCUCUCUGGGUGGAAUUUGGAACAAAUUGAUUUAGGCGUGUCGUGGAGCUGACAGUGGCCAUCUAUUACACGCCCUGUCAGUUUGGCCAACAGAUGCUGAGUGAUUGUCUGCCCUGCCCACCCAAAUCAAACCCUCUCCCUAAUCCAGUCCAACAGUGAGGGGGGGUUGUAAAACAGAGACUCUUGUGUUAACCUCUGUACUUCUCUGUUGUGGCUAACCCAGUGUCUCAUAUCUUCCUUUCCCACAGUCUUGCCUACGUUUGUGAAAACCCCUCAAGACAACACCAUCCGUACAGGCACCACUGCCAAGCUAGAGUGUGCUGCGGAGGGGCACCCCACCCCCCAGAUUGCCUGGCAGAAGGACGGGGGCACGGACUUCCCGGCGGCGCGCGAGCGGCGGAUGCACGUGAUGCCGGACGAUGACGUGUUCUUCAUCAUGGGCGUCAAGCCGGAGGACAUGGGCGUGUACAGCUGCACCGCCAAAAACACAGCGGGCGCCGUGUCUGCCAACGCCACCCUCACCGUGCUGGGUAAGACUGAAUGCUGGUCACUAGGGCUGGGAAAUGCCAGGGACCUCACAAUACGAUAUUAUCACCAUACUUAGGUGCUGAUGCGAUAUGUAUUGCGAUUCUCACCAUUCUAUAUGUAUUGCAAUUCGAUACUGCGAUUUUAUUGCGAUUGGAUGUUCCAAACAUAUUGCUCUCUGCUGCAGAGAGACGAGAGUGCAUGAGAACUAGUUUUGAUCAGUCAUGGAAAUAAAAGUGUUGAAAACAUGUUGGCUCACUAUUUAAAAAGAAGAUGGAGAACAAGCCGACUAAUGCUACCUAGCAAGAAAAAAAACAAUACUUUGAGUCAAAGUAUCUAUAUAAUAUUGGCCAAAUUAAUAUUGCGAUAUGUAUCUGUAUAGAUUUUUUUCCCCCAUCACUACUGGCCAUGCCCCACACCUACUGACAACCUCUAGUAGAGGAGGCUGGUGGGAGGAGCUAUAGCAGGACUCAAAUGUAUGACUCAAAUGUAAAUGUAUAGGAGGAUGGGCUCAUUGUAAUGGCUGGAAUGGAAUAAAUGGAACAGUAUCAAACAUAUGGAUACCACAUGUUCGACUCCGUUCCAAAUAUUCCAUUACAAUGAGCCCAUCCGCUUAUACGUUUACAUUUUAGUCAUUUAGCAGACGCUCUUAUCCAGAGCGACUUACAGUUGGUGCAUUCACCUUAAUAUAAUAAUAUAAUAAUAAUAUAAUAUGCCAUUUAGCAGACGCUUUUAUCCAAAGCGACUUACAGUCAUGCGUGCAUACAUUUUUUGUGUAUGGGUGGUCCCGGGGAUCGAACCCACUACCUUGGCGUUACAGCCGUGCUCUACCAGCUGAGCUACAGAGGACCACAAGAUGGCUAGGUGGGACAACCACAUAUCACAGUCAUAGUAAGUACAAAGUCAAAGCUAGUAAGGGGGGAAAAAAGUCAAGCGCGAGUGUUGGUUCACAAUUAUUAUUAUUUCUAGAGCGCCUCCCACCAGCCUCCCCCCCUGUACAUACCAUCACAUUCAUCUGGCCAGUUAGCAUUCCUCCAUGCUUCCUACAUAAUGCUUCAGUGCAGGACACCAAACUAACACAUAGCCCUCAAUGUUUGAGGAUUCAUGGCUUGACUUCAGAUGACCAUAAUAUAGAUACUAAAAAUGAACAGUUAGUAAACCGCUCUAAAGCCAGUUGUGAACUGUUGAGCCUUGGUCCUAGAAUGAAAUGCUUCUGGCAGCUGUGGCCUUCCUCUAAGUCAGAGGUCAGGGUAGGGGUCAGAUGGGGGAGGGCGGGAUAGGGGAACUUCACAGAGGGGUUUUUGUUAACCGUUCUCACCCCUCUCCUCUCAGGGUGGGAGGGAGAGCUGUGACCUCUGGGACCGCAGGCCUCCAUUCUCCUAGAGGGGCUUUUAUUGGACGUGUAAGGGCUUGGGCUACAGUUGAUAUGUGAAUUUGAUGAGAUCACAUAAUGUCAAGUACUGUGGAUGUGUAAGGGCUUGGUCUAUUCUACCUAAUGUAGUGCUUUUAGUCCAGAACAACUCCUCCCAGGGACACGAGGUAGCAACAGCCCUCAGGAGUGGCUUUGUAAUGUUUAGUCAUGAAUGAGGAAAGAAAGCUCAGAGCUGAGGCCCAGUCUGAAGAGGUAGAGUAGACAGAGUGAGAUCAUGGUGUUCUACAUCACUCUGUGUUGAACAAAGCAUAAUGGACCAUCACCAGUAGUCAUUGUGUAGUUUCACAUGAAAUGUUGGGAUUGACCAGUCUGCUCUGGUGGGAUGACUACACUGACCUGUGACCCUUCCCGUCUACAGAGACGCCCCAACUGGCCCAGGAGCUGGAGGACCGUAGUGUGGUGGUGGGGGAGACUGUAGUCCUGCAGUGUAAGGCCCUAGGCAGCCCCCUACCUAAAAUCACCUGGCUGAGGAACGACCAGCCAUUCCGCCCCUCCGACCGACACCACUUCACCCCCGGCAACCAGCUGCUGGUCAUCGGCAGCGCCGCCUUAGAGGACGCUGGGAGGUACACGUGCGUCAUGUCCAACAGGCUGGGCACAGAGCGCGCCCACAGCCAGCUGAGUGUCCGCCAGCGCCACACUGCCUGUGCUGCGCCGCCCGGCCCCAGCACCGUCACAGUGGGCAUCAUUGUCAUCGCCGUGGUGACUAGCAUCGUGGUGACCUCGCUGGUGUGGGUGUGCAUCAUCUACCAGACGCGCAAGAAGAGUGAGGAGUGCAGCGUCACCAACACGGGUGAGAGGGCGUUCAUGCAGUUCUACUAAUCACAGGGAUUGGCUGUUCACCGCAAUGUUGGCCGUAGUUUGUGCUGGUGCUGAUGGUUUCCCUCCCCUCCCAGAUGAGACCAACGUGCUCCCGGACGUCCCCAGCUACCUGUCCUCCCAGGGGACCCUCUCGGAGCGCCAGGACGUGUGUAUCCGUGUGGAGGCAGGUGGUGGACCUCAGCCCAACAGACACAUAGACAACACAGGUACAGUCUUCAGUUUGGUUUCUAUAUGAACCUCCAAUACUCACCAAUGACUGAACUGCUGUACCGCUCAAGGAUGUUAUUUUGUAUCUAACAUCACUAAAUGUUUGCUUUACGUCUCCUCUAAAUUCAUGAAAUUGUGGAAAAGGGUAGGUGUCUUUAAGAAAUGUUAUGUUCUCUCUGUCUUUGUGCUGGUGUAGGUUACAAUGAGGCUGUAGUGUGUUCGGAGUGUAUGGAGAAUGGGAACAGCUACUUCAAGUCAGACUCCGAUUACCUCCCCCAGGGGAUGGGACCUGUAGGCCUGGAGUACAAACAACAUCCCCAACCCCACCACAUGGACUACAGCGUACCUGUACCCUUAGUGAUGGACACGGGACCCUACACCGCCUCCAAUGGAGUCAAAAGGGACGCCCAGCCACCUGCGUUUCCCAGCAACCACAACGUAUUGUCAUCACAGAGAAACCACAAUGACAGAAAAGGUAGAGUGAUCUUCCUAUUCCACACUGUUGAGGACAGGAUGGGGAAUGGUAAAAAAUCUGUUGUGGAUGGAGCCCUUAGCUGUGUAGAUCACCCUGCCAUGACAAAUUACAGUGAAGGGAAUUUGAUGAAAAGCAGCAUUGACUCACAGGGGAACAGGUCGGGUCUUGUCCUGGGAUGCUGUACCUUUUGGCAAGGAACAGUCUGAGAGGAAUUUGGGUCAGAAUGCCGAUCCUUCUUCAUAAUGUCAACGUAGCAAUAUGGAUGCAAUCCAUAGCCCAUAGCCUUGAGCUCUGUACAGAUAGAGGUCUUGAUUAGUUUGUGUUCUAUAACUGGAUGUGGCGUUCUCUUCUCUCUCUGUUCCCUCCCAGGUUCCUCAGUGAACAGGACGGGACAGACAACGUUAGUGUGCUCCCUAUCCCAAGAGGAGGCCUUCCACAAGCCGGUGAAACUCGGCCCCGUAACAAGCCAAUACACACUGGACACAGACUGUGAGCCAGAGCUCAGACAGACUCUACUCUCUAAUAGAGCCUCCCAGAGUCACACACCUCCCUCAGGAGAGCCAGUGACUAGCAGGCUCUCCCCGCCCUGA